AUGUGUAAAUGCUGUAACCUUUUCUCACCGAAUCAGUUGGAACUCCUCUCCCAUGUUUCUGAGAAGCACGCAGAAGAGGGGGUGAACGUUGAUGAGAUCAUCAUCCCCCUCCGGCCCCUCAGCACUCCUGAGCCCACCAACCCAAGCAAAAUCGGAGACGACUUGUUGGCAGUGAAGCGGAAGAGAGGCAGGCCGAAGGGGUCCACGAAGAAGCCCUGUGCCGAAGAGGAGCUGCCCGAACGCGUCGCGAGCCCGGCUGAGGACUGUCUGCUGGCUUCCGAGGAGGGGGACAACCUGGCGCCAGGCAGCUUGGAGUGCAACAAGUGCUACCGCAGGUUCUCCAACCCCCGCCAGCUGAAGAAGCACAUCUGCAUCAUUGUGCUGAAUGUGGGCGAGGAGGACGGGGAUGCAGGUAACGAGUCUGACAUUGAACUAGAAAAGAAGUAUAAGGAAGACGACCGAGAAAAGGCCUUGAAAAGACCCCGGGUACCGAAAACAGAGAAAGUCCAGAAGAUCGCCUCGGCAAAGGAGGCUGGGCAGCUUUCUGGAGCAAAGAAGCCCAUCGUAAGCGUGGUUCUCACUGCACACGAAGCUAUUCCAGGUGCCACCAAGAUUGUUCCAGUGGAAGCAGGGCCCCCGGAGGCAGAAGUGGCUAACCCUGAGAGCGCUGUGGCUGACCUCACCCAUCGGAGGGGCUACCAGGAAUAUGCCAUCCAGCAGACACCAUACGAGCAGCCAAUGAAGUCAAGCAGACUAGGUCCCACCCAGCUCAAAAUCUUCACGUGUGAGUACUGCAACAAGGUCUUCAAGUUCAAGCACUCGCUACAGGCGCACCUGCGGAUCCACACCAACGAGAAGCCGUACAAGUGCUCCCAGUGCAGCUACGCUAGUGCCAUCAAGGCCAACCUCAAUGUGCACUUGCGCAAGCACACGGGUGAGAAGUUUGCCUGUGACUACUGCACCUUCACCUGCCUGAGUAAGGGCCACCUCAAGGUGCAUGUCGAGCGAGUGCACAAGAAGAUCAAACAGCACUGCCGAUUCUGCAAGAAGAAGUACUCCGAUGUCAAGAACCUCAUCAAGCACAUCCGAGACGCGCACGACCCACAGGACCAGAAGGUCCGGGAGGCCUUGGACAAGCUCUGCCUGAUGACCAGGGAGGGCAAGCGGCAGCUUCUGUACGACUGCCACAUCUGUGAGCGUAAGUUCAAGAAUGAGCUGGACCGUGACCGCCACAUGCUGGUGCACGGGGACCAGUGGCCCUUUGCCUGUGAGCUCUGUGGCCAUGGCGCCACCAAGUACCAGGCGCUGGAGCUGCAUAUCCGUAAGCACCCCUUUGUGUACGUCUGUGCCGUGUGCCUCAAGAAGUUCGUCAGCUCCGUCAGGCUGCGUGCCCACAUCAGAGAGGUGCACGGGGCUUCCCAGGAGGUCUUGGUCUUCAACAGCUCCAUCAACCAGAGCUUCUGCCUGCUGGAGCCUGGUGGGGACAUUCACCAGGAGGCCCUGGGGGACCAGCUGCAGCUGGCUGAGGAGGAGUGUGUGUUCCAGGGGGUGAACGCCCCCAAGGAGGUGACCUGUCCUGCAGAUGCUCGGCCUCAGGAUGGCCAGAAGGAGCCAGAGGCCCCAAGGAAAAUCGCUGCCCCGGCCAAGCACUCAACUGUACCUCUGACCCAAGGAGGCACCCUGCCCCACUGCGAGCCGGGAGCCACUGUGGUCUCACUGAGCCUGCCUUCACCGGCGGUGGUUUCUGAUAACUUUCUGUUGAGAAAUGAUACCUCCUCUGCUGCUGAGGUUCCUGCUGAGCCUGAAAAGACUGUGGACCUCCAGCACAGAGACCCAACCCAGACUCAGGACAAAGGGGUCACACUACUGCUGUCCAAGGACAAAGACGCUAACCCACCCCAGGAGGCCCUGGACGUAGAGAGCCCUCCUCAUGAAGGGCAGAACACUGCUGCCCUUCCACCCCAUAACCCAGAUUCAAGCGGGUAUCGCAAGGCAAACCCAGCCGACACCUCUAAACUUCUUCCUCCGGUGGCGGGUGGUGGGGACACUGUCAUUUGUCAGCUUGACUCAUACAAACCUGCUUCAGAGCCCCAAAGUGACAUCACCCCCUUCAUGAAGAUCCUGAAUAGUUUACAGAAGAAGCAAAUGACCACCAGUUUGUGUGAGAGGAUCCGGAAGGUGUACGGAGACCUGGAGUGUGAAUACUGUGGCAAACUUUUUUGGUACCAAGUGCAUUUUGACAUGCAUGUCCGCACUCACACCCGAGAACAUCUGUACUAUUGCUCCCAGUGUCAUUACUCAUCCAUCACCAAAAACUGCCUUAAACGCCAUGUCAUUCAGAAACACAGUAACGUCCUGCUGAAGUGUCCCACUGACGGCUGUGACUACUCGACUCCAGAUAAAUAUAAACUACAGGCACAUCUUAAAGUUCACACGGAGCUGGACAAAAGGAGUUAUUCUUGUCCUGUGUGUGAAAAGUCUUUUUCAGAAGAUCGAUUGAUAAAGUCACAUAUCAAGACCAACCAUCCUGAGGUCUCCAUGAGCACCAUUUCCGAGGUUCUCGGGAGGAGGGUGCAGCUGAAAGGGUUAAUUGGAAAGAGAGCCAUGAAAUGUCCCUACUGCGAUUUCUAUUUCAUGAAGAACGGCUCAGACCUGCAGCGUCACAUUUGGGCUCAUGAAGGUGAUAAAGGACCAGAUUGCACCCUUUGCAUGUAUGCCAACAGUUAUCAGAGAACUGAUUGGAAAAGUCAUGCUACGGCAGAGAUGUCUGUGGAUGCCCAGCUCUGUGCCUGGCUCGGAAGUCACAUGCCAACUGUCAGUUGGCUGCGCUCACCUGUGCUCCCCUUCUUUGCAGGGAAGCAGUUCAAGUGCACGGUGUGUGACUACACAGCGGCCCAGAAGCCGCAGCUGCUGCGGCAUAUGGAACAGCACGCCUCCUUCAAGCCCUUCCGCUGUGCCCACUGCCAUUACUCCUGCAACAUUUCUGGCUCCCUGAAGAGGCACUACAACCGGAAGCACCCCAAUGAAGAGUACGCGAAUGUGGGCACCGGGGAACUUGCGGCCGACGCACUGGUCCAGCAAGGUGGUUUGAAGUGUCCUGUUUGCAGCUUUGUUUAUGGCACCAAAUGGGAGUUCAACAGGCACUUGAAGAACAAACAUGCACUGAAGCUGGUAGAAAACGAAGGAGACCCCAAGUGGGAGCCAGCCACAGAAACUCCUGAGGAACCAUCCACCCAGUACCUCCACAUCACAGAAGCCGAAGAGGACGUUCAGGGAACGCAGGCUGCGGUGGCUGCACUCCAGGACCUGAGAUACACCUCUGAGAGUGGUGACAGACUCGACCCCACAGCUGUGAACAUCCUCCAGCAGAUCAUUGAGCUGGGCACUGAGACUCAUGAUGCGACUGCUGUGGCUUCUGUGGUUGCCAUGGCACCAGGGACUGUGACUGUUGUGAAGCAGGUGACCAAUGAGGAGCCCAGCUCCAACCACACGGUCAUGAUCCAGGAGACCCUGCAGCAGAGCCUGGCUGAGGAGCACCACCUGGUGGUGUCCUCAGACGACGUGGAGGGCAUCGAGACGGUGACGGUGUACACGCAGGGUGGUGAGGCCUCCGAGUUCAUCUUCUACAUGCAGGAGGCCGUGUCGCAUGUGGAGGGGCAGCCCACCCAGCCACCUGGCCCACAGCUCUAG